CACCUGUCUCUUCUCUGUUUCUUCCUCCCGUGUUCCUUGCACGCGUCGACCCCAAAAGUCACGGGAAAACGAAGUCUUGAAAGGCCUCCUUUCCGCAUCUCCAAGCAUCCAAACACAACACACAACAUCACCCUUUUUUCUUCCCCUCCAAACAAUCAUACUAUCCUUUCAAGACACAUCCUCACAUCUUCACAAUCUUGGGGAUCUUUAUUUCUCCGCCUUCUUCACGUUCUAACAUCACCACAGGGGUAGAAAGAAGAACUCCGGCCUCCCACCUAAUAGGGCACUCUGGGUCAUGGCUCCAGCUAAAGCGGUGGCUCCUUUCGCCAAGGACGAGCGUGUCUUGUGCUUCCAUCAUGAGAUGCUCUAUGAAGCCAAGGUGUUGGACUCGCGCGCUACUGAUGGGGGAUCAUGGCAAUACAAGAUCCAUUAUAAGGGAUGGAAGAACACCUGGGACGACUGGGUUCCUCAGGAUCGCGUCCGCAAAUUUACGGAGGAAAACAAGCAGCUUGCCGCCCAACUUCACGAGCAGAUGAAGGCUCUCCAGGGCAAGCCUGCACCAUCUGCCUCCAAGUCUGCGAAGACCAAGGGCCGCGCCAACGGAUCCGAUUUCAGCUCUGCCCGCGGCAGUGAGGAGCGUGGCAGCAUGGCUGCUCAAGGUGGAGGACGCGCCCCGAGGCGCCUUAGAGAUUACGAUCUCGAACAGGAGGACGGCUUUCUCGACCGCCCGGCUAUCAGCUUGCCAAUCCCAGAUCGCAUCAAGGCGAUCCUCGUCGACGACUGGGAGAAUGUGACCAAGAACCAGCAGCUGGUUCCUCUUCCGGCUGCUCACCCGGUUGAGAGCAUCCUCAAGGACUAUGAGGACGAUGAGAUGCCCAAACGUGCCCCUGGCAGCCCUGAGGCCAGCAUCCUCGAGGAGAUGCUCGCUGGUCUUCGCGAGUACUUUGACAAGUGCUUGGGUAGAAUCCUCUUGUACCGUUUCGAGCGUGCUCAAUACCUCGAGAUGAUCCAGCUCUGGGAGGCCCCCACUGGAGACAUGGCUGGCAAGAACGCCAACCAGACCUACGGUGCGGAGCAUCUCUGCCGCCUCUUGGUCUCUCUCCCUGAGCUCAUCGCCCAGACCAACAUGGACCAGCAGUCCGUCAGCCACCUGCGCGAGGAGAUCAUCAAGCUGACCAACUGGAUGGUCAAGAAGCCAAACCUGGAGAAGUACUUCGUCGCCGAGUACGAGACUCCCAACCAGUCGUACAUCGACAUGGCGCGCGGUAACUAGAGUCUUUGCGUCUCUCGGCCUCUGUUCUUUCUCAACAAGCCGCACGCGCUCUUACCGGUGUGAUAUGUGUUUUCGGGUGUUUAGGACUGGCAUGGCGAGGCGUACCGAGGAUUUCGGGUGGCGUUUGUUUAUACUGGGGGAUGAUGAUACAUGGAGGAUUGUUUUGCGAUUUUUUCUGAGAUUUGAUCUUUAUGAUCUGAGUGGCUGAACGGUUUGUUGACGGGGGAAGGGAGCUUCAUGGGAUUUUAUGGGUUCUAUGGAUGUUUUUCUUGCCUGGCUGGAUACUUCUAAAUAGUUUAGGAUCACUAAUAAAUGAGUUACUG